AGUAUAUAUGCAAAGGGCAAAAGUCUUACACUAUUAAAUAUCAAGCCUCCCUUCCCCAUUCCCAACCCUCUCUCUCUCUCUCUUAACCCUUAACUUUUCUCUCCUCACCCCUCAAAUUGCUCUAAUUAUCUCCUAAACCAAGGUCGAAGAAUUUGCAGAAAUGGAGUCCUCAAAGGAGACAGGCUGCCAAGCUCCCGAAGGCCCGGUUCUUUGUGUUAAUAACUGUGGAUUCUUCGGCAGCGCGGCAACGAUGAACAUGUGCUCCAAGUGCCACAAGGAUACGAUGCUGAAACAGCAGCAGGCGAAGCUUGCAGCGACGUCCAUCGAGAACAUUGUCAAUGGCUCUUCAAGCAGCAAGCAGACGGAAACUAUUGUUGCUGAUGCACUCGACACGAAAACUAUAUUUUCUUCGCCCCAAUCGUUACCUGAAGUUGGAUCGGGACAGAAAGCAGAGGCAGUGGCGAAGGCAGGACCGAAUCGAUGUGCUGCUUGCCGCAAACGUGUUGGUCUCACCGGUUUCAGUUGCAGGUGUGGUGAUCUAUUCUGUUCAGUUCAUCGAUACUCUGACAAGCACGAGUGCCCGUUCGACUACCGGGCUGCUGCACAGGAUGCGAUAGCGAAGGCGAACCCUCUUGUUAAAGCAGAGAAGAUUGAUAAGAUCUAAAAAGCAGGGUCCAAAUGUGGCCAAAUUGGUUAUGAUGAUUGUGAUAUAUUGUUAUUGUUAUGCAUUUGGUGAAUUCUGGAGUGGUUGUCAAAAGUGGCUGUUGUCUUGCUCCAGUCUGAAACUUGUUAUUUGGUGGCAAUGGCAUGAUUAAUGUUGCUAUGGAUUUGGUAAUUUGCCCA